AGCAUUCAUAGCCCCUCACAAUCCCAAUCACAAGUCAAGUCAAUAUGUUCUGUAAUUCAGUUGACUGGAUGUUGGAGUUAGGUCUGAAAUGGUGCUUGGAUCCGUAAAGGUAUAGGGGGGAGUAGGGACAAACAGGUAUUCCCCCCUUCAAUUGGUGGACACCCUCCAUGAUUUUCACUGGGAGGUUUUUAAAGUUUUAACCUUCGGCCUAUCAACAGAACUGUGUCAACAAAAGACCAGAGCUUGAGAGGGAGAUAUCUUCCUAGACCAUCAACUAGAACCGGGAGUUAAAUUCAAUGCAACUGCACAAGAAUAUGAUAGCAGACUGUCUGGCUUUGAUUGGAGUUACCGUGAUUGGAACCAUUGUUCAAUUUUCCUUACCUAUUUCUUCACAAUCAUUGAGGCUGCUGGCUGUUCCAGUUGUUAGUUUGUCACCUUUCCUUCUUUUGUCAUUAUUCAUGCCAGAAUCUUCUGUUCUAAGCCGUGGGUAACCUGUGGCUGCCAAAAACUUCGUUCCUUGCAAGGUAACCUUCUUGCUUGCUUCAUGAUUUGUUUGUUUCUUCUAGUAAUAAUGUUGGCAUAGUUGCUUUUCUGCUAUCAAAGUUUUUUAGGAAGAACAAUCUUGUCAACAGCUCUUUUUUAGCAAGUAAUCUUUGGAAUAAUUUAGGUUGGUGGUUGUUCUGGUUCAUCUUGUGUGUGAAUUAUAAGCUGUGUAGCUUGAUCUUAUAUGCUUUGAAAGUAUUUUCAUUAUAAAUUUUAAGAUCCAGAUGGAUUUUUCUUUACCGAUUCUCAAUAUGGUACGGAAUCACUACUCUUCUAUUUGUCACUUGGCUAUCAGUGAAAAUGAAGAAAUGAAGGAAAGCUAUUCAGUGGAAUAGCAGGGUAGGUAGUUUCCAUAUACAAUUCAUUUUCUGACAUUCAGUUUUUGCGGCAAAAGCACACUUCAUUCUUCACUCUUGGCACUGUCGGUUGAAGUUUUUAGUUAAAUAUAUGGGCGUUCACGGUGAUCCUAAAUUCCUUUUUCUGUUUUAUAGGUCUCCUUUAGUUAUUUCUUCUUCAAUUACACACUUAUUUGGUUCCUUUCCCUUGUAUCUUUAAAUUUAGCAUGUCCUUUAAUGACAACAGCAGUGAGUCAUCCUCUACUUCUCUGUGCUUGCUUUCAUGAAUCACCAACGUGAGUUAAUAGGCCCAUCCCUAGAGAUUUAUGAGGGUAAUGGCAUUACCUGUCAUCUUUGGAGCUUAGAAUAAUUUAUAGACAUUUUUUCAGUUCUUUGUUUUUCUUUUUCAUUUAAAGUGCUGGAGAUUGUUUUUAUGAGGUUGUCCUGUUUGCAACCAAUUUGCAAAACUGAUAAAUUUUUAUUUUUCAUAAAAUUUAAGCGUAUGCAUUUCCUCAACUUACCUUAUGAUGUUGUUAUCUUGAUGAAUUCAGAGAAUAGCUAGAAAUAUUGAGACUGGAGGAUUGUCUGAUAAAGACACUUGGAUGGA